CAGUGCAUCUUUAUCUUGUACUUUCCCGUCACAUUGCUCAGGACUGUGUGUCAGUUAACAGCCAGGCCGGUGACUGCUGAGAAAGGCCCAACAUAGUAAGGACAAGACACAUCGAAGUGGAUAUUCUAUCAAAUAUAAUUGUAAGAGAGUUUACCCGGCCCGGGUUUGGGUCACCAUGAUGGAAAUCGAGAUGCCACCUGGACAUCAAUCAGAACAGGAUAUAAAUCUGAUUGACAUCCUCUGGAGACAAGAUAUUGACCUUGGUGUUGGGCGUGAAGUGUUUGACUACAGCCAAAGACAGAAGGAGUAUGAAAUAGAAAAACAAAAGAAGCUUGAAAAGGAAAGGCAAGAACAGCUUCUAAAGGAACAGGAACAAGCAUUAUAUUCUCAGCUGCAAUUAGAUGAAGAGACAGGGGAAUUCAUUCCAAUCCAGCUUGCAGCACCAAUUGAGACACCAGUCACACAGGCACCCUCCCAGCUCCUUACAG